AUGUCGGAUCGUGGCUCUGCAGCUUCCCUGUGCGUCAGUCCGUCUGCUCCUGUUGUCCCAACAGGAACGUUGAGCUUGCGGAUAGUCAAGGUCUCCAAGGGGCCACUCUACAGGGUGGAGGGGACCCACACUUCCAUCCUGUGUAAUGUGACGAACUACCAGGGUGCAGGCCGCUUCGAUUUCUGGUGGUCGUUUGUCAGAACGGUGGACACAGGCACUCCGGUUGCCAUAGUCAGCACCCUUGAGAACGAGUACACCGACGCCAGCUAUGAGCCCCGGGUCAAGGCCAAAGAGAUCUACGUCGAAAGACAGUCGCCCAGGUGGGCCCGGCUCCACAUCACUCACCUGAGGAGAGAAGACGAGGGGCUGUACGAGUGCAGAGUGGACGCCGGCACCAAGAAAUGGCACCCCUAUCAAGAUGCCACAGUUGAGCUGAAAGUGCUCCCAGACACCCUGAUGCUGUCGACACCGCUGGGAGAGCUCUCGAGCCUGGCCCUUCAUGAGGGGGAUAGUCUCAGCUUGCGUUGCCGUGCUGCAGCCCUUACUGGGCUGCACACCCACGUCUCGCUCGCCUUCGGGGUGAUCAGGACCAUGACGGGGGUCCUUGACACCAUUGUUGGUGUUGGGCCUGACCUCAGCGUGGAAAGUCCGCCCGCAGGGCCAUACUGGUCCCGUUUCUACAGGGGGCAACUGGGAAUGGAGAAGAUCAAAGGUGAUACAUACAUCCUGAGAAUGGACCAUGUCAAACCCCAGGAUGCGGGCCUGUACCACUGCACCGCAGCUGAGUGGAUCCAAGACCCCGAUGGCAGCUGGCAGAAGAUUCUAGAAAAGAGAAUUAGCCUGAAAAACCUCACAGUAGAACCCAAUGAUCUGAGGCUGGGAGUGGUGGCAUCUCUGGCCCCCGUGAAGUUUUACCGGGGCGACACAGUGCAGCUGCAUUGCAAUGUGACUCUGGCCAUCGGGCACAGCGAGGACCAGGGGGAUGACGACGAGCCCCAACUGGCAGUGGGCUGGUGGGGCGAGGGCAAGGAGCCCCUGGCCCUGGUGGACCGGCGGGGCGUUCUGCUACCCACGGCCUGGCACGGCCGCACUCCUUCAGGCAGCGAGCUGAGCCCUGACCGUCCCGCUCCCCUCUGCUUCCGCCUUCACAUCCACCGAGCCACCAAAGCUGACCAGGGACGGUACCGCUGCCAGGUCACCAGCUGGGGGCAGCGGCGAGGCACCAAGCCCUACCUGCUCGCCACUGCCCAAUCAGAACCCGUCACCCUCUACCUCUAUCUAUCCCCCUCGGAUACCCUUGUGAUCCCUCUGUCGGUCGGGGCGGCUCUGUCCCUCUCUGUCGCCAUCAGCAUCAUCACCGCAGUGACCUGCUGUUUCCUGCGGAAACUGGCCAAACGGUGA